AUGUUUUGCCGAUGUUUUGCAUGCCAGCAAGCUAUAUCCAUAAACCUAAUCUAUCGCAUACAUUUGAAAACGGUCGAAAAGAGGAUAGCAUUCCUUAACAAGUCGGAUAGUCUUAUCUGGGACGCGAUGGAUAUAAUUGAUGAAUGUAUAACUUGGGGAAAGCGCAGAGUGGAUCCAUGGAACCGUGUUAGUUGCUGUCAGAAACCAGUUAUAUUGCUUGUCGAAUUUUGUCAGAUACAAGGCCCAAGGCCAUUGCAUUGUUAUCCAUCGAAUUCUUUUCCACAUCUUGAUCUUGAUAACAUAGCGAUUUGGCUAAUGAGCUCCGAAAGUGUCCAGGGAUCCACUGUGCUUUUAUACAAUCAGCAGACAGCUCUCUAUGCUUGUAUAUAUCAUUCAAUCCUUCUUGAUAUUCGGGCUCGAGGUUUUCAGAAAGUAGCGCACAAAAAUAGCGGUUUAGAACAAGGGAAUGGGCACAAUGCCCAUGAAAUGAUGAUACAUGACGUAUAUGAGCACUCUCUUUCUUUUGAUCUCCUCUUCAUGCGUCCAAUAUGUUUGGCACUUUUGUCCGUAUCAAAACCAACUUCUUCCCUUCUCAAGUCUUUUAUGAAUCGUUGCCAAGAAAUAUUCACGCCUAUCAUUGUCUGCAAUCGUAAUUUGUUCAAGUUUCAUGCAUCGGCAUUGUUUGAUUUUUGUGACGCAGUUGCAAGCCUUAGUCCUAAUUCAUCCACUAGCUUAAAUAUGACAAAAUCAUCAACUUUGACAAGAAUUGAAUCGCUUCUAGUGCAAGCGCGUCAACUAUUACCCAAAAUUGAAAUUGUGUUGAAUACAAUUGGAAAAAAAGCUGGCAUUGAUGGGUGCGCGUCACACACAAUGGAAAGUUUAAAUGAGUGGCUUAAUGCUUUUGGCACUCCAUAUAGUGCUCCUUUGCUCGAUAUAAAUCAUUUAAUGCCUUGUGUGUUUAAUACCUUCAUAAAAGCUAUAAACAAUUCGUAUGAGCUGUUCACCAAAAUAGAUAAAACACGUCGAAAUGGGUCGCUUUACUGUGGUGAUCGCGCAGUACUUAUUUUAAAGAAUUAUUGUAUGUCUACGCCAAAUUCAACUAAUUUUGAAUGGUUAGAAGGGAAUGAUUAUAGUGAUCGAGAAAACACUCUUCGUGCAGUUGUUGAUAAAUUGGAUCAAAUUUUGUAUCCAGUAUUGAGUGGAGGACGCUUAGCUCUAUGCGCUUCAGAUCAACGCAAACCUGCUGCUAUGGAUCUUUUGCAGAAAUUGAUUAUGUUAAAUAUAACUGCAGUAAAUGAUAAUGCAUUCUGGAUCGGUGAGGGUGAAAACAUUCCUUCUUUUUGCUCCAUUUUUGGUCAAAGUGUAUCGCGUCUUCAAUCAGCCCAUUGGUCGGCAGAACACGUUGAUGCUGUUUUUGAUAUGAAUGGAAAUCGCUUAAGAUCUAAGGAAUAUAAUGGAACAUUGUUGUCAACGCUAUCAGAUAAACGAUUUGACUCAUUUCCAUCUGAUCGUUCAAUUAUUGCUUUUGUUACUGCAUUAUUAACUGAUUUUUGCUCAUUGGUCUAUUUAGCGAAGUUCAAGGGAGCAGAACAGAUUUGCGAAGCAGUUAAGUUACACAAAGAUGAUGCAGCGAUCCUGGUAAAUUUGCUAACUCAGUUGGACUUUAUUAAAUAUAAUAAAUUGAGAGAUACAGUGCGCGAAUCGGUCAAGUCAGAUCCGAGAUUAUUACGUUUUUAG